GUUUUUAGGAGUUUGUGGAGUUUGCCGGGUGUAAGAUACGACCUUAUCCGAGUUUUCUAAUUGUUCUGAUAAAUUCGAGGAAGGGUUUAAUGAAAUUCAAACGAUUUCCUAGAUGGAUUUUAUUACAAUAUUCCCCAAGACUAAGAAAAAGUAAUAGUAAUCAAAAAAUUUUAAACAAAAAAUAAAACACUGCAGGUUUUGUAGCAUACAUGAUAAAAUGGAACUUGAAUGUUCAGCAAGAGAUUACAGCACAAGACUUUCGUCAUCCAGUCGUAUCGGUGAUCGUAAGAAAUGUGCUGAAGCUUUAAAAGAUCUAUUAUCAAGAAAUGCCUUACCUUCUUUAUUGACAAAGAACUCUCUCAACAAAAAAGGUUUCUCAUGGAAUGAUUUAUUUGACGAUAUAAAUGAAUUUAUACUUAAGGAGACAGAAAAAUUUGAAAGUUCUAAAGCAUUUUUUACUACAACUGCACCUCUUUGUACAAGUCUACUUCACAUGUGUGUAGCAGGUGCUAACAGAGGACAAGCCUACCUUAAAUGUGACAAGAUUUUAGAUGCCUGCUUAUUUAUACUAAAGAAAAGCCGUCUAACAAAGGCUGUUGGAGAUGCCUAUUUGAAUCUUUUGUAUAAGUAUGUUUUACCAUGUGAUUAUUAUUUGGGGUAUAUAACACCAAUGCAUUGGGAAGAUUUAUUGCAUGUUUGCAUUUCUGUAUGUCUGUUAAAUGACUCCAGUUUGGACAAUUACACAAAAUUAAGACUGGUUUCAUUGAUUAUUAAAAAUGGAACCAAAUACUGUCAAACGAUAAUACCACUAAGAGAUUCUAUACCAAAGCUGAAAAAAUGUUUCCUCCAUGUACAGAAUGAAAAGAAAGUACAAGAAGUUAUAAUAGAAAUCAUAACGCUUGUAGUGGAAAAGAUGUCAACAGAAAGCCGUUUAUUGAUGUGCGAAUUCACUGAGAAUGUGUUGUCUCUCGUAUUAAAGUUUUAUGACAAUAAUUUAGAACAAAAGAAGAAGAAUUCGUUAUUUAAAUUAUUAGAAAUGGUAGUUUCGCUACAUCAUCCAGCUGGAAAGUUGCAAAGAGAAGUAGGCAGUUUGGCAUAUAACUGGGAAACUUGGAAUAAGCAUAAAAAUAAUGUUCUGGAUAUUAUCACUUUAGAAGUGGUUGCCUUGCAAAAAGUGCGGAUACCUGGCGACAACUGUGAAACGCAUAAUUCACAUUUUUGUUCACUGGCCGCAGCGAUGUACCACCAGAAUUUCAAUUCGCUCGAGGAUAAUGACGAAAGUGAGGCUGGCACUAGUAUAAAAAGACAAAAAGUUGCAUUGAAUAGAAACAAAACUUUGUCAGAUUUAAUAUAUCAGCUACAAUUAAACCACACGCCUUGGCUAGGAAUUCUGCAUAUAUACAUAAAGUACUACGGUGGCACAAUCAGUGCUUUGGAUUACCUUUCAAUAAUUAAAAUAAUCGAGAACAUUUUAAAUGGUAACUAUCACCAUUUUGAGUGGUGUUUACUUGAAGACAUCACUUGCUUGAUUAUAGAAAACUUAAUAUUAUCGAAAACAUCCCAAAGCACUGAAUUAGAUGAAGCGGUUUUGUCAUUGUGGAAUUCUUGCGUAAGAAAUUCUACAUCGGUAAAUGAGAGCCAUAAACAUGUACACUCUAUAAUGCAAGCGUUAUUGAAAAGUAAGAUGUUAAAGUAUCAAAGUGUGCAACCACUAAUCAAGCUGUAUAUCGAGAAAGGGAUGCCGGUUAAUAACAGUACUGUGGAAACAUUGAAUCGUAUAAUUUAUAACUUCUUUAACAAAUGCAGUUCUUUAGAGAAGAGAAAAUGUUUUUUAUAUUGGUUUGUUGAUGGUGAUAUAGUUGCUGCAGGAGAAGCUAGUAAAGAAUUAUUGUUAAGAAUUACAGCCAAUGACAAUAUAAAUUUCGUAGAAGAGGUUAACGAACCCGACGGCAAUGAUUUGUUCGAUAUCUUGUUUUGCUCAAUAGAGAAAUCCAUUUUGUUCAGUGAAUUCGAACUUGAUUUAGUGACAACCACUGAUGUUUCAAAUAAAAGUGUUCCUGAAAUAUCUGAAGUAAACAUUGAAAUGAAUAAUGUGUUACAAACUACUUUACAAAAUAUACUUUGUCAACUUACUGAAAAGCAUAAAAACGAUAAAUUGGAAUUGUUGCAAUAUUCACAAUCAAUUAAGAUUAUUCUUACUUAUCUAGACGUAAUGAUAAAAUUUCAAUUGUUAUCUAAAAACGAAGUUAUUCAAAUGCAAUUAUAUAAUGUCUUGAAAAGUUCAUUGAACCUAAUGUUCGUUUCAUUCGUUAAGAUCUUAAAGAAUGACACAUCGAUUCCGUUAAAAAUUCAACUUCUGCAAUACUUAAAAGAACUUCUGCUAGAUAAAUAUGUUCCAUUGCUUUCUUAUGAAACGCGCCAAUUGAUAAAAGAUGAUUUUUUUCAUUGUGCUAACAAUAUACUCUAUUUUGAGAAAGAAUUGGAUGGAGAUGUGAUUUAUGAUGGUGACGACAAUGAAAUGAAUUUUACAACUCUGAAAUACAAUUGCAUUUAUACACUAGCAGCUUAUUGUCGGGUUCGUGGAAAUUACAGAGAGGAAAUAUUAGAGCUGAUUUUAGAUCCAAAAUUAUAUAAUUUUACAUCUGUCUGGGACGUGAAAUGCGCAUUGCAAUGCUUGGAAAUUUUAAUUCAAUGUGGUGUAGAAGAACCGCCAAUAGAAUCAAUUUUUGUUUUCAUGCAGCAUUUAUGUAAGGAUUUAUUCAGAAUUCCCGAAGCAUCAUUUAGAUUACUCAGCGUUCUUUAUAAAAUGUUGGAAUUGCUUUGGUCUCAAGAUGAAGAUAUGAAACUAAACACCUUCAUAAUGAUAAGAGGCUUCUUGGAGAGAUGCGAAAAAUUAUUCUACCCACCUCCUUUAGCCGCUUUAAUAUUAAAAUGUGCAGCAAAAAUAAUAUCAUUAAAUUCUGGACAAAUAACAGACGCAGAUGAUAUUUUCAUGAGAUCCCUGAUUAAGAGAUCGAAGGGCACUAAUCAUUGUAUACGUAUAUAUUGCUGUUAUUUGCUAGAAAAACUAACGACUUGUUCUUGUUUUGAUAUCAGUACAUUUCCAUCCGAUAUAUUGGAUAUAUUUGAUAGUGUUCCAGAACGAGAACAAGUUAUAUUAAAAGAUGAAUCCUUAAACAGAACACUUACAGUUCUGCAUAGCUUAGUGGUUACAGCCAAUGCAAAGAAAAAGCUAUUACGCUAUCUAGUGACUUUUACAUUGAGCCUACAUAUUGAGAAGUUAUUAGAUAAGCGAAUAGUAAAAAAAGUUUUGAAUAUCAUCACAACCAAAUUGGAUGGCAAAACCAUUGAUGAGUAUUUGAAUAAACAUAUACUCUCGAUUCUGCAAUUCUGGUUCUACAAAAAAUAUGAUUUAAAUAAUUUACCUUUGGAUUUUUUCAAUGUUGUUAGCCAAUCGGUAUUCUUUGAAAAACAUAUGCCAUGGCUGAUAUCGGCCGAUAUAUUAUGGCGUUCCAAUGGAAAUAUGCAAGCUAGUUCAAUAUUAAAUCGAACGAAAGCUGAAUAUAAUAAAUCUGAAAAUGAUAUCAUCGAGGCAUGUUUUUGUAACAUUAUAGUAUUAUGUCUACCUUUCAUUGUUACUGAAAAAUAUAAGAUUCCCUAUAAGAGCGCCGAAAAUGAUGUGCGCUUCAAUAGUUUGAUGAUUAAUGCGAAAAAAAUGUUUCAAAUGACAAGGAACGUAUUGGAAACUGAUAAGUGGAGUAACUUGUUUGCGGAAAACAUUGGGGAGAUAUUAUUGUUAACAACUACCCACCUCAGUGAUCACAAUCUAGCGAAGGAAGAGUUCCGUGUAGACGUACCGGACAAACCAGAGGUCUAUCAGUAUCCAAAAAUAGUUUUUCACUCCAUUCUCGCGUAUCUUGGGGAACUCACAGAUGGCGAUAUUAUGCUUUAUCUAUGCGAAGAUCAACCAGUCGUCAUAUUUAAGAUAUUACUGAACUUAUGGGAGAAUGUGCUUCAAGAAAAUAUAUUAGAAUUAAAAGUAUUGUGUAUACACGCAUUCAAAACGUUCGUCGAAUGCGUCCCAUUAGUUCCAUCUACGGAAGCCUUUGCUUGCAACUACGUCUGCAAAUGUUUCGGUUACGCAAUCAAAAAAUCGCGUGACAAAAAAGAGGUCAAAGUGUUGACACAAGCGUUGAAAACAAUUUUGAUCCGCUUUUUACCAGCAAAAGCGAAAAUUUUAAAAAAGGCCCUUUCGCAGUUAAUGUCGAUUCUUAUAAUAAAAAUGGAAGAAGGUUUUGAAAAAGAGUGCAAAGAUUUAUUGCAGUACUUGGUUGAGGACAUGAAGGAUUAUUUAAAGGAACAAGAGGAUGUAGUUGAUUUUAUUAGAUCAAUGUCGUCACAACGUCCUACAGAAAACUUGGUUUGCUCCACGUUGAAUGAGUUUUCGGAUAGACUUGAAACGUACAAAUUGGCGUUGACUUCUCCGAGUUUCGAAUCACUGUCGAAUCUACACCAAUUUUUAAAAAUCAACAAAGAACACGUGUGUGCUUUAUGUAAAAAUUUGGUUACCAUAAGGUUUUCAGAGGACUGUGGGAAUAGUAUAAUACAUCAAAUGAUAUACGAAUUGACCAAUAUUUUGAAAUCUCAAUUCGAUGAUAAGACUAUAAUAGAAGCGUGCAACUGUCUCUCUGAGAUAGGAACGUAUGGUUUGAAGACAUUAGUCACUUUGCCGCCUUCGGAUACUAGACGCAUAGUGUCUAUGGAGCCGAGACAAACGCUCGCGUCGACAGUAGUGACGUCACUGGCAGAAGUGGUUUUUGACGAAAACCCUCAAGUUACCAGCAAGGUCACAAAGACAUUGCACAGACUGUUAAAGUACAGAGAAGGCGUGGAAGCUAUAGAUUUGAAUGAAGUUGAAAAGCAAAUACUUAAACCGUUUGUAUCGGAAGAAAGCAAUGCAGUAGCUACGUUUGUAAUAAAUGAUGCGAAAUUUAGCAAUAUUGCUGAUUUACAAUUUAUGGUACCAAAUUUUAAUGAGACUCACGGCCAAUGGAUUGUCAAGAAAACAGAAGCCAUAAUGGAAGUUCUCGUUUCAAAAUCGAAUUAUUUAAAUGCACUCCGCGAUGUUUGCAGACUAAAGGUUGAUGUGUGUCAAAAGAUUCUUCCAGUUGUCAUUGGAAUGUUGAUAUAUAUUUCUUCAGAAAAUCACGUUAGAAUUAUUAGCCAACAAAUAAACAAUUUUUUCAAACACUUCUGGGAAAUAACAUUUGGCGAUAAUAUUGACGAGGGCAGUGAAGAGAACAGCGGUGGCAAUAAAACCAAUAUAUUAGAUCAAAAUCAGAAAAUUAUCGUACAAAAUAUGUUAGAUGUUGUUAACUUUGUCAGAUUACAGAGAAAUCGUUAUAAAUUUAGAUCCAAGUUGAAUUUAGAUUACGUAAAAAUAUCUUGGGUCGCCACAGUGGCUGAUCAAAAUCUGUCUGCCAUUUAUUAUGGCGAGUUGUGGGCGACUGAUAUGAAUGAUGGAGUGCCGCCCUCAUCGCCUGACGCUACCACCGCUCUCAUUGGCGGGAGAGAUCUACAGACGAUACUGCGAAAGAGUUUUGUAUCGAUCGGUGAGUUGGAUGCUGUCGACGGGUGUGGCACCGCACAUUUAACCAGUGAAGAUGAGAAACUCAAACACCUGACCAACACGGGACAGUAUUCAGAUGCACUGUUUUUACACGAUAUCGCAUUGUCCAGCGGCAAGGAAGCACCAUCUUUGUACCGUGGUGUAGUACGCUCGUUGCACAAGUCCGGCAUGCAUCAUUUAGCAUUGCAGUAUAUAAAAUCGUUACCGGAGAGUGAGCAGCUUAACGAUAUCAAAUACGAAUGUCUGUCGUUUCUAGGUGAUUGGAGUGAUUUUGUGGAUACUCGAGACUUGGAAGAAAAACACGCUAUCCCUAAUAUAAAUACUGAGUCUGUUCUUAAAGCUUUUCGAUACGCUUGUUUGAAGGACUGUCUCAAUAUUCAAAUGAAACCAGAAUUUCAAGAUAAGCUCGUCCAACCGUUGAAUAGGGCUAAACUUGCCGUUGCUAAACUGUGCCAGCAAUUGAAUAUGGAGAACUGUCAGAAUGUUUAUAAGGUUUUGUCUAAAUUGCACCUGUUCACCGACAUCGAAGACUACUUCUCAGUGAGAUGUGAUAAAUUGUCGCUCUUCGAUUUACUGAACAAAUGGAGAGUAGAAAAUCUGCCCGCGUUUCAGGAUUUCAAGCAUCUGGAAGACUUGAUUUCUCAACGUAAUAUAAUAUUGGAACAUACAGUUAAGAGUGACGUUAAAGCUUUGAAAGACAUAGUGCCAUUGCAGUUGCGAUACGUAGAAUUUUGCUUGGAGAACCGAAGGAUUCAAAUGGCACAACGUCUUUUAGCGGCGGUUAAGAGGAUGCAGACCUCUGAAGAGGUUACAUUAUUGGAAAGCCAGAUAUCUUGGGCCAAGGGGCACAAAGACAUCGCUUUGUCGUUGCUACGUAAUGUUGUGUCUAAUACCGGUGAUCAGUCUAAUGACGAACGACUGGCUGCCGUUUCGCUAAGGCAAUACGGUUUAUGGAUGGCCGAAUCUAAGUCAGACAAUGCACGUGAUAUUAUUAAUAAAUAUUUAAAAAAGAGUCUCGAGCUAACGAGAGGCGAAGACCUAAAAACUAGACAGAAGAUUUACUUUGACAUCGCCAAAUUUGCUGAUGCGGAGUAUAAACAGGUCGUAACGUAUAUGAAUUCGUCAAUAUUUGAAAAUAAAGUAAAAUGCUUGGAAAAUAUCAAAGAAACCGCUUCCACACUGAAACUGACUCAAACGUCAACGAUGACCAAGUACGUAGUGGAUUUAAUAUUGAUUACCUAUAUUUUAGCUGGGAUUUACUGUAAUUUUUUCUUAUAUUUCUUCUAUAGAGAUGAAAGGAAGUCUUUGUUCACAAAUCAGAGAUUUGAGCAAUUGGAAGAAGCGGAGAUAGCUAGCACCAGAGCAGAGAAACAAACAUUUUUACAUUUAGCUAUGAGAUACUACUUGCUCUCGCUACAAGAAAGUGAGGACAAUGACUUGUCAGUAUUCAGAGUGAUAUCCCUAUGGCUCGACAACCCCAAUCUUCAGCUGGAUCCGACAGAACACGGGUCGUUUAAAGAUUUGCUGCAUCGAAUAUCCUCGCACAAGUUCAUCACUGUUUUACCACAAUUGGCCCCGAGAUUGAGUGACGAAGAAUCUGCUUUCGCUGAUAACCUGAAACAUAUCCUGAGUAUGAUUUAAAUUAUUUAAAAUAUAACCGUUUUAAUGACUUUCUGUACUUAAAAAUACCGCUUAGUUUUAUGUUCUUUAUUUUGUCACUAAUAUCAUUGUUUCUAUUGUUAUAUGGUACUGGU